AUGGAGUUGGUUUCCUUACAGGGCAUGGCGCAGAAAGAAAUGCUGGGCACGUCCCUGGAGGGCAUUAAUCCAACCUACACCUACAAGGUGGUGCUGCUGGGGAGCACAUCAGUGGGAAAGUCAAGCCUGGCCUAUCGAUACGUGAAAAAUGACUUCAAGGAGUCACUGCCAACCGUGGGAUGCUCCUUCUUCACACAGACACUCAACCUGGAGGUGGCCACGGUCAAGUUGGAGAUCUGGGACACGGCAGGCCAGGAGAAGUACCACAGUGUCUGCCACCUCUACUACCGGGGCGCCCACGCUGCUCUCGUCAUUUACGACAUCGCUAACAAGGAAACACUCAACAGAGCAAAGCUGUGGCUGACAGACCUGGAGAAGGAAUUCCUUCCUGAUGAAAUUGUCAUUGCUUUGGUAGGCAACAAGCUGGACCUUGCUGCUGAGCGAGAAGUCACUACCGAGGAGGGGGAAGAGUUUGCAAGGACCAAAGGCCUCCUGUUCAUGGAGACAUCUGCAAAAUCCAACCACCAAGUAAAUGAUAUCUUUAUGGCCAUAGCCCAAGAGCUCCUGCAGCGGGAACAAGAGAAGGCACAUGCCCCAUCCCCGCAUGGGAGGUCAACAGUCACCCUGGGGGAGAGCAAAGCAAGGACAGGGUGCUGCCGGCUCUGAGGAUGGGCAGCUCUGGAAUAGGUCUCCAAAAGGAGCAGUGAUGAGGCAGGGGGGAUGCAGAACUGCAGGGGCAGCUCAGCCUCAACACCCUCCUGCUCAGAGGAAGGUCAGAGCCCAUCUGACCUCAGCAUGGGGCUUCCUCAGCUCUCUGGCACUGCCUUCAAGCAAGAGGUGAAGCACAGAUUCUUCCACCACCUUUCGGCUUUCAGAGAGGAGUGCGACCUGCCAGCACUGCUGCCACCAGCCCUCACUGGUGCCUUCCCACCCCAGCUGCACCUCACUCAUCCGCUUCCCUUCCCAUCUGAAAAGGGAGAGUUUAACUUCCCAGAGUGGAGCCAGUGCCUC